UUCACGUUGAUUCUGGUUUCAGAAUCGGGAUGAACAUCGAGGUUGGGAACAUUUCUCAUACAGGAGCCAUCAUCUCCUGGUCACCCUCGGAGCCCUGCCUGGAGGACUAUUACCAUAUUAUGUAUAGGCCCACCUGGAACAGCAUCUUCUCUGGCUAUCUUCGCUACAGCUUCCACCACGAGGAGAAGGUGCCUCGAACGAUCAGCUCCGUGGUGCUGGAACAUCUCGCCCCUUCCACUUUCUACUUCCUGUGCAUCAGCUGUAAGAAGGCUGCCUUCCCUCACAGGCACUACUGCACCAUGUUCCACACCCUGGAUAAGAGUCCACUGGCUGCUGGAAGCUCCCUGGGAGACCCCCAAAUCUCCCUUUGGGUGCUGAUGGCCAUUCUACUGGCCUGCUUCACAGCCGUCUUGGCCUUCAUCUGUCUCCAGUUCUGGUGUGUCCGCUACCAUGAGCCGCGAUGGUCCUACAGAGCUGGCCAGGUGGAGGAGGCCAAUGGGUUGGUGAGAUGGCCGGAGGAGGCCCCAGCUCUCGGUCAGAGGGAGGAAGAUCUGCAGGGGCUCCCCCUGGUGGAAGUGCCACGCAAGAACUCCAGAGAUGGAGCUGAACCGGACCCCGAAGUCAACCAGGAUGCCUCUGAUGCGGGUGCCUUACAGAGGCGGGGUGGUAACCAACUUGCCACACUGCCUCAUUGUAGGGAAUAAGAGCGGGGAGGAGAGGGCCCACAUCAUGUAGCCUAAAGCUUUCCACACAGUAGGUCUUUUGUACAAAUGUGUCUAUAGACUACCCAUUUCUCUCCCACUGUGGGUCACCUAGGUUGGAUGAGUGCCCCAGGACAAAGCUUCUCAAGUUGGAAAAUGUAUCCCCCAGGGUAUGCCAAGGUACAAACAGGGCAUCUCUGCAGCAGUGUCCACUCGGGGGACAUAGUUAAGAACUGAAAGCAUUAUUUGAACAUUAAAACAAAUAUGGAUAUGUUAUAAAGUAGAAAGCAGAAAUUUACACGACUGACAUGAAGCAGUACUUGAAGGAAAUGUUUGAGUUGCAGGUAGGCUCUCUGAGGUACACUUUUGGGCAAAGGCAGAUGUCCAGUUUCCUCUGCCCUUUAGGGGAUUAUUUGGAAAAAUGUGAGAAGCUUCUUUUAGGCCAUCACACACCACCUGUCUCUACUGUUUUAAACCAUGAAUUAUCUUUAGUAUUAAUACUUUCCUUUAAAUUGACUCAUUCUAAAGUGUAAACUUAUUUUCAAAGACAGCCUAUGAAAAGCCAGCACCCUCCUGCUACAAACAGAAGGGAACAGAUACAAGAAUAAACAUCAUGAAAGUAAGAUAAUAUUCAAUCUGACUUAGCUUCUACUGCCUGCCAGUGACUCUGAGCUUCAUGCUUGCUUGCUUGUCUUUGAUAAAAAGAGAUCCAGUGUUGGAGAGGUAAUAAAGACACAUUAGUACCAA